CCAGUUCAACGGUAGACGCAAUACAUCGCAGAAAUUUUCGAUUUUUCGAGCCGCCGAAAAUUUUUCGCACGCCCAAACUCAAACGAAGCGAAAUUUGUAAACCGCGCAUUCCGUUCGCGCCAAUCAGCUGAUCAUCGACUCGCAGCAGAAAUAAACAGCGUUUGACAGUUGCCGGAAAGAGUGUUUUUAGACGUUUUCAGAGGUAAUUCGAGAUGGAAAUCACCGUGGAAAGCCCCAACGUCACCUAUUCAGAUAAUUACAUCGAGGCGAAGUACGAUUAUCAGUAUACAAGGGCUGCGAAAGACGGGCACCGGAUUGUGGUGAAACCUUUAACAGAAAAGCUGACAUUCCGCACGAAACGUAAGGUGCCGCAGUUGGGGGUGAUGUUGGUGGGUUGGGGGGGCAACAACGGGUCCACGUUCACGGCCGCGCUGAUAGCGAACCGACUGGGACUGUCGUGGGCUACCAGGCGGGGCACGCAGCACGCGAACUGGUUCGGUUCGGUGACGCAGGCCAGCACCGUGCGCCUGGGCGACGACGUCAACGUUCAGCUGUCGCAGGUGCUGCCCAUGGUCGAUCCCAACGACAUCGUGGUCGACGGCUGGGACAUCAGCGCGAAGACGAUCGCCGAGUCGGCGGAGAGGGCCGGGGUUUUGGAGCCCAGUCUGCUGCAGCAGCUCGGCGCCCAUUUGCAGGGCCUCAAGCCCAGGCCGUCCAUCUACGAUCAGGACUUUAUAGCGGCCAAUCAGAAAGACAGAGCCGACAACGUAAUAAAGGGCACCAAGCAAGAACAAAUCGAGCAAAUCCUCCGCGACAUCAACGACUUCAAGCAAAAAACCAAAGUCGACAAGGUCAUCAUCAUGUGGACGGCCAACACCGAAAGAUUCUGCGACGUGGUUCCAGGCGUAAACGACACGCUGGCGAACCUGAAAAAGUCCAUCGAGACCGACCACAAGGAGAUCUCUCCCUCGACCUUGUUCGCCUACGCGUCUCUCAAGGCCGGCUGCCCGUACCUGAACGGCUCGCCGCAGAACACGUACGUGCCCGGCCUAAUCGAGUUGGCCGAGCAGACGGGCGUUUUCGUGGCGGGCGACGACUUCAAGUCCGGUCAGACGAAGAUCAAGAGCGUGCUGGUGGAUUUCCUGGUCAGCGCUGGCAUCAAGCCGACCAGCAUCGUCAGCUACAACCACUUGGGCAACAACGACGGCAAGAACUUGUCGGCUCCCGAGCAGUUCAGGUCCAAGGAGAUCUCCAAAAGUAACGUUGUCGACGAUAUGGUGCAGUCGAAUGAGAUUUUGUACAAGCCGGGCGAGAAGCCUGACCACGUGGUUGUUAUUAAGUAUGUACCGUACGUCGGCGAUUCCAAGCGCGCUCUGGACGAGUACACCUCGGAAAUAAUGAUGGGGGGCACCAACACCCUGGUCAUACACAACACGUGCGAGGAUUCUCUUCUGGCGACCCCCAUCAUCCUCGACCUCGUGGUUCUCGCGGAGCUCUUCACCCGCAUCGAGCUCAAGCGCGUCGACGAGCCCGUCGAGUGCUACGCGAAGCUGCACCCGGUGCUCUCUGUGCUGAGCUACCUGUGCAAGGCGCCGCUGGUGCCGCGCGGCGCGCCCGUCGUCAACUCGCUGUUCCGCCAGAGGGCGUGCAUCGAGAACGUGAUGAAGGCGUGCAUCGGGCUGCCGCCCGACAACAACAUGACCUUGGAGCACAAGGUUCCGUUCCUGAUGGCAACGGUGUGCCAUCAAGAACCGGACUUGAAGAAGCGGAAGGUCGAGAACGGGAAGAAUUAAUGAGAUAAUUGCCAAACACUACAAUAUAAAUUCUAUGGACCUGCAUACAUAUAUGUAUUUUCCCAAUAUUGAACUAGAAAAUUCAUUAAAUAUCAAUGGUUGUUGUCUGUGAUUUUAAAAGUUAUAAAUAUUGUUUAUUCUAUAGUCAAAAGGUUUUUAAUUUUUUUCUUAUAUUUAUAUAUUUUGGCGACCUAUUUUUGCAAUACAUAUUAUCUCUAAGGGUACUACAUACUACUGUAUUAAUUUUGUACCUUUAUAUUAACCCUAAAAUAAAUAAAC